AUGGAAGAGCGGAAACACCGACUGGAUUCAUACUUUACCGCUCGGCGCCAGCAGCCGACCAACGUGGUUGAGGACGAUAUCUUGAAGCAUCCAUAUAACGACAAGGUGUGCGCGGGAUACACUGUGAAGCCUGCACAGGUUAACAGGUAUCCCGCAACCAGUAUUAUCCUAGAAUAG